AUGAGAGCAAGAGAUAUUAAUACAACUAUUCAUAACGCUAGUGAUAAUGAUACUACCAUCAAAGAUCCCCCAAACUCCAACCUAAAUGUAAAUAAUGAUUUCCUGGUUAGCACAAGUUCAAUAGCACAACCAAUAACAAAUACCAUAAAUACAAUAUACGAAACCUCACCAACAGCAACAGAUGACAUAUUGGAUCUGGAUCGUAAUAAUGCAACCAUAAAUAGUAAUACAAGCAUACUGAGAAUGCCUUCUAUAAGCAAAAAUUUAAACAAACUGACCGAUGAUUUAUUAUCUAUUAAUUCUAAUGUUACUGCUUUAACUAGUAAUUUACAAGAGGAUUUACUUCAGUCUAUAUACUCAGAUACCAUAACACAUAACAAUAGCAACAUUACUACUGUUAAUACUAAUAAUAGUUCUACGUCUACCAAUCGGAACAUUAACGAUGCUGUUAUCAUGAAGAUGAAUGAUGUCAACCUGAACAGAAGUGAUGACUUAUUUUUGAAGUUACCAGAUUUACUCCCACAUACCGUGACAGCCAGUGAUAACAUCGGGAAUGAUGAUGUCUGCCACUUCAAAAAAAACUUUUUUAUAUUAUCAUCUGCUGGCAAACCCAUAUAUUCAAUGCAUGGUUCGGACGAACAAAGCAUUAAUUUAAUGGGUGUAAUUCAUACUCUUGUGGAGUUUUUCAAAAUUAAUAAAAAUUGUGAUUUGAAAACGUUUGAAAUGAAUAGCAAGAGCAACACCUCAUGCAAGUUUACCUUUUUGAAUAAACAUCCCAUUGUACUAAUGGCACAUUCAACCAACCCGUAUGAAACAGAGUUACAUUUGUUAAACCAGUUAGAUUUUUUAUAUAGCUAUUUACUAUCCAUUUUGAGCAAACGUCAACUAGACAGAUUAUUUUCCAAGAGAGAAAAUUUUGAUUUGAGAAACUUUUUGAACCAGGAAAAUUUCCAAAACUUAAAUUCCAUUUGUAAUAUGAUUUGUAAUGAAUUUCACCCUGAGUUUUUAUUUUAUUCGGGUUCGUUACAGGUUUACCCCAUGAAAAAAAAAAUAAGAGAUAAAUUACAUACCAUAUUAUUAAAAUGUUAUGUGAACAGUACAACAGUAACGUCGACUGAUAACACGACCUUUACACCGUUGACUUCCUUCUUCUAUCCGGAUCAUUACAGAGAUCUAUCAAUAAGUUUACUCUACGGUAUGAUAACUUUAGUAGAAAGGGCACAAUUAGUCUCAGUUUUAAGACCAAAGGGCCAUACUUUACAUACAACAGAUUUGCAUCUAUUAUUUCAGCUAAUUAAAUCGCAAUACUUACCUAAGUACUUGAACCACAACGGCAGCACAAACGAUACAGGUAGUAAUGAUUUAUGGGUUCCCGUGUGUUUUCCUAAAUUUAAUUCUAAUGGAUUUUUAUACUGUUUUAUUAAAUUUUUCACUAACGAGCCUUUAUUAGGACCAGGGUGUUUCUCUUUAAUCCUAAUAUCCGCAAAGAAGGAUUCUUUUCAACGAUUAAAGACCUUGGGCGAUCAAAUUAUUAGUUCCAUGGAACAUUUAACAUUAAAUAAAAUUCUAUCCAAAACAAUAACGGCAACGGGUAAUGGUAUCAACGGCAGUUCAUCUACAUCGCAGCAAAGAAAAAUCCAUCGAUCAUAUUCUUCCAGUAAUUUAUUAUCCAACUAUGGCAUCACCUCCAAUGUGAAUUACGAUAUUCCAACCCUCAAUAUAGUCCUUUUGCCACCAAUGGAUAAUGUUUACCAUUUUAUCUACAAAUCCAAAAAUUUAGUUCAACAUAUUUCACCUCCCAUAAAUGAAAACUUGAUGGACUACUAUUUAUACCUCCAGAAACAAUGUAGUACACCAAACAAUACUUCAUUAGCUAACCUUGCUUCGCUUGACACCACACCUAACAAAGAAAGUUUUAAUGCUAGAAAUUCCAAUGGCAAUAUGGUUGUCGUUACACAAUUAGAUAUCAAAAGAUAUGACGUUGAUAUCAUGAUAGAAUCUUACAACGAUAUUGAUGGGUAUGAUACCACCACCGGUAAAGACACCAAACCGGGACAAUCUCAAUCAUCAUUACAAAUUUAUGGAGUUAGUUGGAUAACAACGGAUUUUGAAUUGUAUUUGCUAGGAAAUCCUUAUUUUUUAAAUAAACGAAAACUAUUACAAAAUGCUAAAGAAAUUAUAUAUUGGUGCAAGAAAAAUGAGCCUAGAAUUUUUAUCAAGCAGGGCGCUGUUUUUUAA